UAAAAUCUUUCCUGUGGCGCCGAAUCGACAGCAGCUCAGUCACGAUUUCAACAGGUCGAUCUGAGCAGGAUGAAGUUUUAUUAUCAAAACAAAUGUUGGUGAACGUCUAUGUGGGACAGAUAUUACAGUUUAAAGUGGGAGUUUAGUGUGUGAGUCGCAGGAUGACGCAGAAACAGCCGUUAGAAGUUCGUUUCGUGGCUGAUGAAGAUGUUUUGGAUCAUAUUGUAGAGAAACAGCAAGAUGUAAAAGCCGCUAAUGGAUCCGUACAGACGCUGGUGACCCUUAAAACCCCUCAGAAGUCCAAACGAUCUGCGGCGGGAGAUGAUGAUGAUGAUGAUGAAGAUGACGAGGUGCUGAAUGAGCAAAACUAUGUGGACGCUCUGUGCACCGGAUCACAAGAUGAGAGUGAAAAUGGCACAGUUACCGCAGGAUCCUCUGUCUUCACAUUUCAGGCCAUCAAACGGGGGAAUAAAAUGGCUCAGAUGGCGUCUGAAUGGGCUCGAACGCCGGGGAAGAGCGUGACCUUCUGCACAUCAGACACAAACGAGGAGUCGUCCAGCCCGACACGCGCCGCUAAAGAAUCAGCCAGUCAGAACAAAACCCCUCAGAAGGGAAAGAAGGUGCAGUUCAUCUCAACGACACCACAUCGUCUGCGCAAGAGACUGUCAGCUCCGAACCUGCGUUCAGACAGCGAGAGCGAUUUCUCCCCCUCAAACUCUGAGGAUGAUGAUGAUGGCGAAGAACACGAGGGGAAGAAGGACGUCCAGCCCAAAACACCCAGUAAAAACACAUCGGCCGCUGCCCUCUAUAAGACGCCCAGUAAGAAGGGCAAGAAAGCAGCAGAGUCUGAUCUGGUGGAGGAGUAUUUUGAAGCUCACAGCAGCUCUAAGGUUCUGACGUCUGAUCGAACCCUCCAGAAACUCCAGACGCCCAAACUGGACCGGGAAACUCUGCUCAGCCUCCUGGGUAAUAACCCGCCGCGCUUCGCAGAAGAUAUUAAACAGCUCAACGCAAAACACGAGAAGAACUUCAACCAGUGGAUGCUGCAGUUGCACAUGGGCUUUAACAUCUUGAUCUUCGGUUUGGGCUCCAAGAAACUGUUGCUGGAGAAGUUCCGCACCUCCAAGCUGUCUGACUACGAUCAUGUGGUGGUCAACGGCUUCUUCCCCAGUAUGACCCUUAAAUCGAUCCUGAACUCCCUCACCUGCGACGUGUUCGGCCACGAAGGAACCUUCCGUAAUCCUGCAGACCAGAUCGACUUCAUCAGCAAAACUCUCAGAGAAGACCCGACCAAUCACGUCUUCCUGAUCAUCAACAACAUCGACGGGCCCAUGCUGAGGGGCGACAGGAACCAGCAGGCACUGGGGCAGCUGGCGGCGCUUCCCAACAUGCACCUGCUGGCCUCCAUCGACCACAUCAACGCUCCACUCAUCUGGGAUCAGGCGAAGAUGAGCACGUUCAACUGGCUGUGGUACGAAACCACCACGUACCUGCCGUACACCGAGGAGACGUCGUACGAGAACUCGCUGCUGGUGCAGCAGACCGGAGCGCUGGCGCUCAGCUCACUCACACACGUGCUGCGCAGCCUCACGCCCAACGCCAGGGGAAUCUUCAGAUUACUGGCAGAGUUUCAGCUGGAGAACAAAGACAAUCCUGCAUAUACAGGAUUGUCUUUCCAGGAUUUCUACCAGCGCUGUCGUGAGUCGUUCCUGGUGAACAGUGACAUCACGCUGCGCACGCAGCUCACAGAGUUCAGAGACCAUAAACUCAUCCGCACCAAGAAGGGCGCCGACGGAGUGGAAUAUCUGCUGAUCCCGGUGGAUAACGGCACUCUGACUGACUUCCUGGAGAAAAACGAGGUGGAGUGAAACUGGGAAACCUCACUGCUGUCACAGUUUAGUAAAUGUGUUUAGCUGAAUAGCACUUGAUGUUCAAGGAAACAUGGCAGGAUUGAGGAGUGACACUUGAGUUGCAGCACUUGAAGAAAUAGUUGACCCAAAAAUGAAGAUUUGCUGAGGCUUUACUCACUCUCAGAUCGUCCAAGAUUAGGAUGAGUUUGUUUGUUCAUCAGAUUUGUGUAAAUGUGUCAUUUCAUCACUAUCUCACCAAUGGAUGUGAAUGGGUGCCGUCAGAGUGAGAGUCCAAACAGCUGAUAAAAACAUCACAAUAAUCCACAAGUAAUCCACACCACUCCAGUCCAUCAGUUCACAUCUUGAGAAGACAAAAGAUGAAACAAAUCCAUCACUAAAAAAACUUUUUCACUAGAGGAAGCGUUUUUAUGGAAUAUGGACUCCAUAAUUAGCCAAAAGUGUCUUAAUGAUGGAUUUGUUUGAGCUUUUGUCUUGUCAAGAUGGUGUGGAUUACUUGUAGAUGUUUUUAUCAGCUAUUUGGACUCUCAUUCUGACGGCACCCAUUCACAUCCAUUGGCGAAACUAAACGAUGGUGAUGCAAUGACACAUUUCUACAAAUCUGAUCAACAAACAAACUCAUCCUAAUGACCAGAGAGUAAGUAAAGCAUCAACAAAUAUUCAUUUUUGGUGAACUCUUGCUGAGAAUCCAGCUGUUUGGACUGU